AUGGCUAACUCAAAGAUACCUGAUUACUUCUGUGUUACUGGUGCUGGGUCUAAGAGGAAGCACGAUACCCCAGACCAAGACGAGAGCAUCAGUUCGAAGAGGUCAUCACGGCCAUACGAUGCCGUAUCUUCUCUGGGUGACCUCAAAAAGGGACCUAAUAGAGUCGCAUUUGAUGCAAGAAUUGUGAAUAUAUACAAUCAGCCCAAUAUAUACUUUGAUGAUAAUGCAGAAAGCAUCAGCAAGUCAAGUAAAAAGAAGAAGAAACCUUCAAAAUCGGACAGUGAUCCAAUAGCAAGUCAACAGGCUAGGGGAUGCUUGAAACUUAUUCUCAGAGAUGAUACAGGUUAUAUCCUUGUCAAGCUGUGGUAUGCUGAUACUACCUAUGACCUUCGACUGGGGAAGCUCGUCUCCAUAUGGGUAACACAUAUCUCCCCAUUUAAACCCCAGUUAAAAGGACACGUAAAGGCCGAUUUAUCUUCUACUCUCUCAAAACCAGCGACUCCCCCGUCUACACCUCCAGAGAACUUCCCACUGAGUUUGAUGGCCAGUAUCUUCCCGGAGAAAGACCAAGGAUGUGGUAUCAAAAUACACGAACGAGGUGAUAUUGGCAUCAUAGGCCGUAUCCCAAUGGGGUACAGAUAUCCAUUUCAAGUGGAUUCACUUGUUGAUGCUCCAAAGAAGCACUCAAUGGGCAAACCAACGAAAGUCCUAGUAUACGUUUAUGCAGUUGGACCUGUCCGUGAGACAACCAAUUCAAGUAACCAGACCGUUCCUACCGUUGAUGUAGGAGUUACAGAUGGACACAGUAGAGCCAGCCUUGGCCUUUAUGGAGAAGCUAUGAAAUCGGGGGUGAAAUGGAUACCCAACUCCACGGUCCUUUUGAUAUCCAAUGCGAGCUGGAAGCCUGGAUCGCGGUUGUACCUAACCUCCUUUACUCUAGUUGACGUUGAUCCCGAAAGCGUCGAGGCAGAGGAACUGAAAAGACUUGCUGCACGGAGAGCCGAGCAAGUCAAUCCCCCGUUUCCCACUGACUUAUUCAAUGUUGAGGAGUUUGAAAGUUCAGUCCAGAAAAUCAAAUUCACUCUUGCGGAUAUUGAGGAAUUGUAUGCUUACCUUUCCUCAUUCUAUGAUGGAUGCAUGUUGUUUUACUAA